UCUGUGGUUUAGCUCACACGGCCGCUGCACAGUAAUAAGUUUUCUUUGUGUGGCAGCAGUGAGCUGACGUCAGGUCGGUUCCUUGAAGUGGAGCUGAAUAAACCUUGAGAAGAGUCUCCUUCAAUCCGCUGUUAGUAACUAACACACAGUCACACACCGAGACUCAAUUACUGCCCACUUCUCUUCUUUAUCAUUCGUCCUCGACCUCUUCCACAACCAAAAAGCGACCGAGGGGGAAAAAAAAAAAAAAAAAGAGGUGAGAGGAACAUCAGCACAAGUGUUUAGCGGAGCGUCAAACCACGUUGGACAUAAGUAAAGUGUCGAAAGUAAAAAAAAAGAGCAAAAAGAGGUGUUACAGCAGUUAUGUCAAAGAGCUGAAGACAUCUCUAACAAUAUGGAGUCUGGAGAGCGGCUGGCCUCCCCUGCGCCCACCCAGUCUGCUGCUCGCACCUCCUCCCCUGCGGCCUCUUCCUCCUCCUCCUGCUCUUCCUCAUCCUCUUCGUCAUCCCCUGCUCCCAACUCUAAGAGCAGCUUGGCCCAGAGUCCCUCAGCACUGGGAUCCACCCUCAGCACCUCUGGGCGUAUGUUUGGCCCAGUGGGAGAGCAGCCUUUCAUUGGCUCCACAUUGUCAAGUGCCUUCCCUCUGGUCAACCACCCAGCCUUCGGAGCCCUCUACGCUGCCGGAGCAGGCAGGCCUGAGUUUGGAGGCCUGGGCUCACUGGGCGUGCCAGCGGCACUUGCUGCCCACCCCCAGCUAGGAGCCCUCUCUGAAUGGUGGCGAGCUGCUGAAGCCCAUGGACGAGGAUCUGCUGCCUUUAUCCCUUCCUUCAUUAGUUUCCCUCCAUUCUUCACACCUCACAUCCAGCCCAACCACAGCACCACCCCUGUUCAGAUGAGGGUGGCAAGCAAGAAUAGCCACAGCCCAUCAAAAGGAGUAAAUGGAGCAGUAAAUGGCAGUGGAGUCUGUCUUCCCACAACACAAUUAGGGAGUGUUUCUGCAAUGCCAGCCUCAGUUCAAGCAUCAAGCAAGCCCACCAAAAAUCUAGACAUCUCUCAAAGUCAAUGUAGCAGCCCUCAGAACAGUGCGGCUGAGGCAGUGAUAAAGUUACCUCAGAAACCUGAAGAUAAGAAGUCUCGAAAGAAGCCAGUUGAUGCUUCUGUGGUGAACAACAGUGAGUCAGGCACAUCUUCAGACAGCUCCAGUGAUGGGUCCGUCAGCAGUGAAGAGGAUUACGAAGACGAAGAUGACGACGACGAAGACGAUGAUGAAGAGGACAAACUGAGUGAAUUGUCAGACUCUGAGAAGCUGGCAAAGAAAAGAGUAAAGGUUUUGAUACCAAGCACUGGAACCGCAAAGACUGACAGACCACUCUCUGGGGUCCCCAUAGCGGAGCCCCAAGACAGGAAAGAUAUUAAGCCCCAUAAGUCUCCUUCCAACCCUCCAACUCUGGUGCCCUUGCCCUGCUCUCUCUCCCCGCCGGUGCUGACUCAAACCAUGCCACUCCCCCUGCACAGUUCCAUGACCCGGACUGAACGUCCACAGCAACACUUCAGUGUGAUCCAGUCUACUGGGCUGGCUGCUAACCCAAAGCCCCUGGCACUCCUCACCCAACCUCGUAGAGAGUCUUCCCCAUCUUCCUUGCCCUUAGCCCUCAACACAUCUCCAAAGGCACCAUCCAGUACUGUCUCUCCUAAACCUCCCAAAUUGCUGCCUUCAUCCUCUCCCCAACACCUGCCGCUCUCACUCUGUUCCUCUCCGAAGCCGCUUUCUGUCCCCUCAACUCUCCCACCAUCUACCUCCCCUAAACCAUUUGGUUUAACCUCAUCUGUUACGAGCUCCCAGAAGCCUUCAGUGAAGCAUCCACCGCACAGUGCUGUGAAAUCCAAGAGGAAACUGUUGGAAGCAUCACUUGCACAGAUCAAUGAGUUCAGACUGAAACAGAUCACCCAAGGGCAGGCAUUCCCAGCAGAUCUUAAAAAACAGCAGCAGGGUCCAAACAAGUCUCCAAAGAAGACAUCACUGUCUUCAUUACCAUUGCCACCCACUCUGCCUCCUCCACCCCAAAACAAUCACUCCAACCUCUUUCUCUCUAGUGCCCUGCUUGGGCUUCCCGAACCCCAUCAUCCCAACGGAGUCAUCCAAAACACCACUCAGGACGCACCUCUGGCCCUCAUCACCAAACCUCGCAAAGACUGUCAAGGUAAAUCCCCUCAGUCCGACUGUGAUGCUGGUUCUAUGCCUGUCAAUCUGUGCACAGGGGCAACUAGGAGCCAGACCACUGCCCAGGUUGGGCCUCCGUCACAGCCCCCCACUACCUCACCCCAUGCCACAGGCCAUGGAUCUAGAAAGAGCAAGACCCCCAAGGUUAAGGGACAGACACCAAGUCUGGUCCAGGGACAGGGCCAGGGACAAGCAAACCCUUUAGCUGACUGGAAGGGCUUCUCUCAAAACCAUCUUGUGCAGUCUCUGGUAGAUUUGUUUCGUGGAGGAGAAUCUGGUAUCGGGAUUCCUGGAGUUAGUAUCCCUGGGGUUGGAAUUCCUGAGGUUGGGAUCCCUGGGACUUGUAAUCCCACAGCUGGUCUACCUGCUAACAAAGAGUCUGAUGACUCAGUGGAUGACGACGAGGAGGAGGAGGACAAUGAACUUGAGGAAGAUGAUGAUGAAGAAGAGUCGGAUGACAGUUUGUCAGAAUCUGAUAGCAACUCAGAUAGUGACAUCUCUGGGAAGAAAGUGAAGGACUUAAAGCUGCUGCCAUCUGGAUUGUCUUCUAAGAAGGAGAUGACCCCUCGCAGGCUAACCAAAGGCCCAGAACUACUGAAAACCUCAACCAAUCACACAGCCACCAGCUGCUCCCCUCUCAACCUACAGGUCAUAAAGACUCCCACCAGUGACACCAGCUCCAGUGCCUUGGCCUAUCCGGGCUCUUCCUCUUACAGCCUAGCUACUCCAUUAGGUUUUGAAAAGAGGAAGAGGGUGACGGAUGAGAAGGAUUUGAGGAUACCUCUGGAGUUAGGGUGGCGGAGAGAAACAAGGAUCAAAACACUGGCUGAGCGGCCUCAGGGUGAUGUGGCCUAUUAUGCCCCCUGUGGCAAGAAACUAAGGCAGUAUCCAGAUGUUGUGAAGUAUCUAUCCAGAAAUGGAAUAAGUGGCAUCACGCGUGAUAAUUUUAGCUUCAGUGCAAAGAUCAGGGUUGGUGACUUCUAUGAAGCCAGAGAAGGACCCCAGGGUUUACAGUGGAGCUUGUUGAAGGAAGAGGAGGUCAUUCCUCGUAUUUUGGCGAUGGAAGGUCGCAGGGGACGACCCCCAAAUUCAGAACGAUCGUUGGGGACUGAAGGAGCCAAAGGUACACGGCGGAGAAAGGGGCGACCCCCUAAUGUGGGCGAUCCACUAGUCCCAGAGGGGCCCAGUCCCAGUGAGGUCAAACUUCUGCGGAAACUUGAGGCUCAAGAAAUAGCCCGACAAGCUGCCCAGAUGAAACUGAUGAGGAAACUGGAAAAGCAAGCACUGGCGCGUGCAGCCAAAGAAGCAAGGAAACAGCAAGCUAUCAGGGCAGCAGAGGAGAGGAGGAAGCAGAAAGAGCAGAUCAAGAUUCUCAAGCAGCAGGAGAAGAUCAAGCGUAUUCAGCAAAUUCGAAUGGAGAAGGAACUGAAAGCGCAGCAAAUUUUGGAGGCAAAGCGGAGAAAGAAGGAAGAAGCUGCCAAUGCCAAAAUAUUAGAGGCUGAAAAACGGAUAAAGGAGAAGGAGCUGAGAAGACAGCAGGCAGAGAUUUUGAAACACCAGGAGUUGGAGAGGCAUAGACUAGAUAUGGUAUGGGAGAGGGAGAGGAGGAGGCAACAUGUAAUGCUGAUGAAGGCUGUUGAGGCUCGUAAGAAAGCAGAGGAGCGUGAGCGCUUGCGCCAGGAGAAAAGAGAUGAGAAGCGCCUGAACAAAGAGCGCAAACUGGAGCAACGGCGGCUGGAGCUGGAGAUAGCGAGGGAACUAAAGAAACCCAAUGAAGACAUGUGUCUCUCUGAUCAUAAGUCUCUUCCAGAGUUCUCACGGAUUCCAGGGCUAAUAUUGCCAGGGAGAGCCGUGGCAGAUUGCUUGAUGCUGAUGCAAUUCCUGAGAGGUUUUGGGAAGGUUUUAGGGCUGGACUUGAAUGCGGAUAUUCCCACGCUGGGCAUGCUGCAAGAGGGCUUGCUCAAUGUUGGGGACAGCAUGGGUCAUGUCCAAGAUCUUCUGGUGAAACUGCUUUCUCUGGCUGUCUGUGAUCCCGGUUUGCCACCAGGACAAAAGACAAAGACUAUGCUGGGGGACCACCUGACCAACGUUGGCAUUAACAGGGAUAAUGUGUCUGAGGUGCUGCAGAUGUACAUGACCGCCCAUUGUGCCAAUACAGAAUUGGAUCCUCUGGCUCUCAGUCUGAAGACUAAGGCCUUUCAGGCCCACACGCCUGAACAGAAGGCCUCAAUUUUGGGCUUCUUGGGUAAUGAACUAUCCUGCAGCAAAGCUGUCAUCAGUGAGAUUGACAAAAGCCUGGAUCAGAUGGCCAAUAUGAGGAAGGACAAGAUCAUUUUGGAGGGAAAACUGAAGAAGCUGAGGGCAGUUUAUGCCAAGCUUACAGGAAAGAGAGAAGCCAGUGUGGGUGUAGACGAGAACCAGUCUGUUGGCACGCCAUCCUCUGGCCUGAAGCGCAAGAGAAAACUGGGCGGAGACAGCGAGGAUGAUGACGAUGAAGAUGAGUACAGUGAAGACCAGGCUGAGGACGAGGAUGAUGAUGAGGAAGAUGAAAUAAAGAAGGCCAAAAAAAUAGAAACAUGUGAUGAGGAUGACAUGGAACAAACCACCACUGUCGAGGAAGUGGAGAAACAGAUAGAAAAACUAACCAAGCAACAUCAUCAAAUCAGAAGAAAGCUGUUUGAGAUUUCUCAUUCUCUGCACUCCAUGAUGUACGGCCAGGACCGUUACCGCCGCCGGUACUGGGUCCUUCCUCACUGUGGAGGCGUCUUCAUUGAAGCCAUGCAGAGUGGAGAAGCUCCAGAGGACUUAGAGGAGGAACGACGGAAGAGGAAGAGACAAGCAGAAGAGGUCAGUGUCAAAGAGGAACCUCAGGAGAUGGAAGUCGACGAGGCAGAAUCCACCAGCCAUGAUGGACCAUGUAUAUACACACAAGGCCUGGGGCAAAAGAAAGAGGAAAAAAAGGAGCAUGAUGGAAUGAAAAACUCUCCAACCCUUUUCUACCAGCAAGCAGGCUGUGUUUCCAAACUGUGCACACUUGAAAAUGUUAGUAAAGACAUUGUAGAGGCAAUGGAAAUAGACUGUUCCCACCCCCCAAAAAAUCGUAGCCCAGUGGGCACUGCUAUCGCCAAGUCUACAGUAAUGUCCUCCUCACCUCCUCACAAUACCUCUGAGCCAGCUGUAGCAACAACACCUUCCAUGAUGACCACUAAUGUCCCUCCCCCGGCCUCAUGUUUGUCAUCAGUCCCGUGCCUACCAGUUCCACAUGAAAGCCCAGAGAACACUCCUCCGGCUUCAUCACCUGCCCCAUCUCCACACCUCCCAUUUCAAGCCAGUGACCAGCUACUUAGGGUCUUGACAGAGCGGAGCGGACAUUGGUUCAGUCUGCUGCCUCGUUCCCCUUGUGACCUUUCUUCCCUCACUACAAUUCCUCCAGGAGCUCCUCGUAUGUCUCCACACAUAUCCACGCCAGCCAAGCCCAGAUCUCCACCUCCGUCACCUGCGCUGCCUCUUACUCCUUCUGCUGCCUCAGCCUCUGCCAGCCCUCACCACCCUGCGGGCCUCCUCACCUACCCGCUGUCAGCCCUGCAGGUAAAGUCAGGUGGUUCCUUACUUGGAGUUUCGUUUGGAGGCUGGACCAGUGGUGUGAUAAGUCCGAGCCUGCCUCUGUGCAGCAGUCCCAGCCCUAUGGCAGGUCAGACUCUAGAGAGCAACACAGCAGCAAGUGUCUCCAGUAAAAGUGAGUCACCAUUACCUCGAAUUGAAAAACCCUCGUCCAUGCCCUCUCCUGCUGUGGAGAUUCCCAAAUCACUGGACUACCCCACACCUCGGCCCAUCCCAGAGGAGAUGCUAACAGGCUGGUGGCGGGUGUCUGACAUUGAGGAGCUGAGGGCUCUUGUCAAUGCUCUCCACACCCGAGGCAUAAGAGAAAAGUCCCUUCAGAGGCAGAUCCAAAAAUACAUGGACAUCAUCCCCCAGGUGUGCACCAAACACAAAGACGUGGCCAUGAUCGAGCUGUGUGAACUUGAAGAGAGCCAGGUCAGUGUGGAGUCUGUGCGUGGCUGGUGUGUGGAGGAGCAGGCGAUGGAGAUGGACAUUGCCAUGCUGCAGCAGGUCGAGGAACUGGAGAGGAAGGUCACUGCAGCCAGCCUACAGGUCAAGGGCUGGACAUAUCCAGACCCUCAAUCCGAGCGAGAAGACCUAGUUUAUUAUGAGCACAAGCCCCUCACAUUAUCAGGACCCGUGUCGGCACACACAGGAGACAAGGACUCCAAGGACUAUCACGAGGACCGGCUGGAGAAAGGCGGGAUGAUGCGUCACCCAGACAACCCGCUGGACAUAGCGGUGACACGUCUGGCUGAUUUGGAGCGCAACAUCGAGAGAAGGUACCUGAGGAGCCCCUUAGGUACCACCAUUCAGAUCAGACUGGAUAAUGUGGGUACGGUCACUGUCCCUGCCCCCGCCCCAUCCACUAGUGCUGACAGGGAAGGGUGUGAGGAGGAGGUGGCCCAUGGAAUGAAGGUGUGGAGGAAAGCCCUGAGCGAAGUACGAAGUGCUGCCCAGUUGGCCAUGUGCAUCCAGCAGUUGCAAAAGUCAAUUGCAUGGGAAAGAUCUAUCAUGAAAGUGUAUUGCCAAAUGUGCAAGAAGGGUGAUAACGAGGACCUUCUCCUGCUGUGUGAUGGCUGUGACAAAGGCUGCCACACUUACUGCCACAAACCUAAGAUCACCAGUAUACCUGAGGGAGACUGGUACUGCCCCGCCUGCAUAACAAAGGCAAGUGGCCCUUCUCCCAAAAACAAAAGGCCUCCAAGCAAGCUUGUAGCCUCUAGCGGAGGAGGCAGUAAAAAAUGUGGAGAGGCAAAGAAGAACGGGAAGCAGGCCGGUAAUGGGGAAGUGUCAGAGGAGGAUUCAGCCAGUGCCAACAGCACACCCAAGAAAGGAGCAAAGGACACCAGCAGGAAAAAGAAAACAGAGGAGGGCUCACUCACACUGCAGUCGACCAAUCAGGAGAGUCCUGUUUGUAUCAAACGAGCGAAGACAGCCCGAGACAACAACAGGGACCUGGGAUUAUGCAGGGUGCUCCUUGCUGAGUUGGAGCGACAUCAGGAUGCGUGGCCUUUUCUUACACCCGUCAACCUGAAAUCAGUUCCCGGAUACAGGAAAGUCAUCAAGAAACCUAUGGACUUCUCUACCAUACGUGAAAAGCUUGUGAGCAGCCAGUAUCAAAACUUGGAGACAUUUAUCAUUGAUGUCAAUUUGGUCUUUGAUAACUGCGAAAAGUUCAAUGAAGACAAUUCAGACAUUGGCAGAGCUGGUCAUAACAUGAGGAAAUUCUUCGAGAAGCGCUGGACUGAGCUUCUGAAGCAAACCAACUGAGUCUGUUCAGAUUCACUCCAUUCAUACUCAUGCGGCUUUUCAAAUUGGAGCACGAGGUUUUCGUUUUUGUUUAAUUUCCUUUUUUUAUGUUUUUAUUUGUGUUGUAGAGAAUGUGACUUUGCAGGAUGGAAAAAGUCUGUUCCUUCAUAAAGACCCCAGCAUGUUUGGAGAGAUGUCACCUUGAAAUAAAAAUACAUUUGUUACAUGAGGUGCGCUGGAAUCAUACAACAGGGAUAUAAACCCCAAAGAGUCCCAGAGAAAUGGGGUGUCGUAGUGCAAUACCAUUCCCUGUCUCAGAACACUGCACUGAAUGAACCCUCAACUAUCACUGUUGUGUCUGCGCUAAAAAAAUGCUUUCCACUACUUGUAAAUAAAUGUUUUGUUAUUUAAUCGUAUUAUAGUGAAUGUAUUUAAUUUUGUAAUAAUUAUUUAUGAAUCAAGGUCCACUUCAUUUUCUAUGAAAAGGAAGAAUCAGCUGAACUACUUUGAAUUGAAAAGGAAUGUGUCUUUGUGUUAAUUUUCCCCCCAAAUAUCAAACAAAGCCAAGAAAAAAAAACCUGGAAAAAAAAAAAAAACAACUGUUUACACUGUUCAGUGCUUUGGAGCAUCAGAGGACUGUAUUCAUUUGUUCAACUGUAAAACUGCAUUUAUUUACAGGAACAGCAGAGGAACAGUUAGACAAUGGUGAUUUAUGUGUAUAUACUGUUUAUUAAUGUCAAUAUUACGUCUUGUUUGGAACGAUGUGUAAAAAUUGUUUAAGAAUAUUAAGAUAUUGUUUAUGCCUUAGAAUGAUUGUAGCAUUCUAUUUUAGUGAACGUGAUGAAAACAUCAUAAAUAUUGUUUGUACAGUAUAUACAUAUCCUCUGCAAACACUGUGGUAUCCUUAAUCUUGGUAGUGCCUACCCUUCCAACAGGGGCAUGUAGGGGAUGUUAUUGUUUUUAGUUUUCAUUCUUAUGACAACCUUACUUUUUUUGUAUGCGUUCAAACCAACAGGGCCUCCAAAGUUGGACAGUGACACAGAAAUCAUUCCUCACCAUAGCAGAAAAACUGAACAUCGGGCGUCCGGUUAUGAUUCCAAGAUGCAUUUCCUCAAACUUUGCCACAGUACAGACGACCUAACCUAAGGCCAUUUGUUACCACUGUGUUGAACCUUGCUGUGUGUUGUGGCCUGAUGGAGGCAGCUAGAUUUUUUUGUACCCAAGUCAAGAGUACUUGAAGUUUCUUUAUUUAAGAUAUUGUGGAAUAAAAGUAUCAUUCUUUUGUAGGAGCUUUAUUUUUCACUAGUGUGUGGCACGGACCUAUUAAAAGGAUGUUUUUCAAUGUA